AUGGGGCUUACCUUUUUGCCUCGCCCAUCGCCGUGCGGAUCCAGGAAGCGCAGCCGAGCGGUGGCGGAUAUCGAUGGGGAACAUUCUUCUGUGCAGAAGAAGAAGCGGCGCCUUCGAUUGUUCCUCAUCACUUCACGACUAUCGCCACAGUUUUCGCACCCAGCAACCAACAUUGUGGAUCGCGGUAGUUCUAAGAUUGCAGUAUGGGCCAAGCAAAAGGCUCUUGGACGAAACCUGCUUAGAAAGGCCGCCAUCCUCAAUGGCAUACGCAGACGAUGUAUCGUGACCAAGGAGGCGCAGUACGGACGCGGUCGUGUGCCAGUUGAGCAGGAGAAAGAACAGGCACAACUUGAGUUGGCGAGGCUAGAGUUCAACCAUGGCAGUGUCGACACCUAUACGAGACCAGUACACUCGCGGGAUCCUUCAGUACCACCCAGUGCUGCCGUGAGAACUGGAGGCCACUUUGUAGUAUCUGGGUCGCCUUCCAGUUCUCCAGCGUCUUCGAGAAGCCCUUCGCCUACCUCGCCAUCCCCAACAUUAAGAAGUCCUUCCGACGAGGUGGCCGCGUUCCGCUCGCCAAACGAAGCAUGGUCUCAUGCUGCAAGAGACCCGGCACCACGUCGAGACUACCUACCCCUACCGCCAUCCCCACUCGGACUCUCAAACUAUGACGCUCUCGACGUUGAAGAUAGUGGUGAUGCGUUCGACCCGUACGCUCAUCUCGACGACGAAGAUGAGCCGAUACCAAACCCAUACGAAGACGACGAUGAUGUGCCUUUCUCGCCUUCUGCCGUCACUUCAACUUCAUCCACCACAUCAUACACCAACACUACACAUGCAACGAGCAUGUUUUCCGAAUUCAACGUGUUGGGCCACGAAGAACCAGUUGUUGGCGACUACGACCAGCCCAGCACCUACACUCGCAUCAACGUCGCCGGACUUUCCCGCCCUAUUCGCAACAUCGCAGUCCGCAUCCAAGAGAACAGACUCAUUCGCCAUGUCGCCAAACUUCCGGCCAAUCUUGCCAACGAAAUCAGUCUCACCGGAGAUGCUCGCCGUGAGCACCGCGGCCGCUACUUCGCCAAACUUUAUGCCUACAGCACGGACGAUGGCUUCUCCUAA